GUUUGGCAAUGUUGCUUUUGCAAGAUCUAGGAAUCGAAUGUCUUUAUAACGACACUGGAAAUCAAUGAAUUUAGGUAGGUAGGUACGGUACCUACCUACAUAAUAAUAUUGACUACGGUACUCCCGACAACCCGAGCCCCGCAUAUCCGAACCCGAGCUGAAGUCCAGCAGACCAUUUCUAGAAAAUUUUAAAUUCUCACAAACUACCUACAAUACAUAUUGUAUUCAAACAUUACUAAAUCUAUUUAAAAUUUUGAUUUAAAUUAUUUACAAUGUCUUCUCAACCAGAGGGUGAGAUUAUAGUCAAAGAAAAGUAUGGAUCUUCGAGUACCGAACGCAUUUACAUAAAACCACCCGAGCAAGCUAUGGUUGUGGUGUAUGAUGAAACAAAGAUCAAUUACUUCAGGAACUGGUUCACGAAUGUUUUUCUACCAAAAGGAUAUCCUGACAGUGUCAGCAGAGAUUACUCAGCUUACCAGAUAUGGGAUACAGCUCAAGCUUUCUGCAGCACCAUAACAGGUACCUUAGCUACUCAAGAAGUGCUUAGAGGUGUUGGUGUUGGAGAUACAACUGCUACUCCACUCGCUGCAACAGUGACAUGGGUCAUUAAAGACGGUUGUGGUCAUCUAGGCAGGAUACUCUUUGCUUUUACUCAUGGAACGUGUUUGGAUGCGUACAGCAAAAAAUGGAGGCUUUACGCCGACAUUUUAAAUGACGCAGCGAUGUGUAUUGAAAUUGCUCUUCCAUACUUCAAAAACUACACUACAGUCGUACUGUGUGUGAGCACUGUUAUGAAGGCAAUUGUUGGAGUUUCAGGUGGUGCCACAAGAGCAGCUAUGACGCAACACCAUGCAGUAAGAGGCAACAUGGCCGAUGUUUCUGCCAAAGACUCAGCUCAAGAGACAGCUGUCAAUCUUAUUGCUUCUUUUACUGCUUUGUUUAUUAUCUCUGUUUUUGGGAGCAAUGCGUUUAUUUUCGUUUUCAUAAUGAUGCUUCAUAUAGCGUUCAAUUAUUUUGCUGUAAGAGCUGUUUGUUUACGGACUAUGAAUGAACCUAGAUUUUUGGAGUUUAUCAACAUAUAUUUAACGAAAGAAAGAAUUGCAACACCGUGUGAAGUGAACAGACGCGAACCAGUCGCUUUUUAUCAGAUGGGCUCGCAUACAUUAGACCUCAAAUUGUGUGGUUUCCAAAUUAAAAUGGGAGUGUCCAUAAAGGAUCUCAUUAAAAAAAAAUAUCCAAAGGCGUCACACUUAAAGAACAUCAAAGACGUCUACGAGAACCGAAAUUAUAUCAUAAUCCCCAAUGUUCAAGACCGGAAAAUGUAUGUGCUGCUUAAUGAAAAGGCAAUGAACGAUGAUAUUCUGCGUGCUUACUUUCAUGCUGUUCUCCUUUCCGUUAUCAUAUGUGUAAUCAACGAUGUGCCCUUGCCCGUUUACCAAGCUCCGAAUGAGGAGAGACCUUUCGCGCAGGUAUGCCGCACAAUACAAACAACUGAUUGGAGCCGGGAACCUAUAGAGACUCACGUUUUUAAUGAAUUCAAAUUUGAGCCUUCUUACGACCUAAUGAAAUACGUUAAUAGAAUUGUUCAACGAGAAUGGAUGAGAAUUAAAACGGGUAUGAUGCGCAUAGGUUGGGAUCUCAAUAAACACCUGCUGAUGGUAGACGAAUGGCGUAUUUCUUCGGUAAAACCACUUUCUCAAUACGCGCCAAUAGAGGGUAGAGUAUCAACAAAGGACUAUGUGAUCAGUGAGGCGGAUGCAAAACUUACGAAAGAAUUGCUUAUGGAAUUAGAACAUGGUGAUGGGGUCACUUACGGCGUAGUAGAGACCAAGCCUUUGAUGCAUUACAAGAAAGAAGCUUCCAAACGACGAGUCCACGAUAUCGGCACUGAAACAGAAUCACCAGAAAUCGAAGAAUAUCGUGAACCGAAUACAGAAGCGGAAGUUAAGGCUGAAGUACCGAAAGAAAACAGGAAAAAAGACUGACCCAUGAAUCAUUUGAAGAAUCUCUUCAAACGUAAACAUUUAAAGCAUAAAUGAACAUUCCAAAAAUGACUGACGUAUAGUACCAAUUUUGUAUACAAUUCAAGAGAAUGUGAGACUUUUACAAGUGAAGUUUAAUGUAAUUUUGACACUUUUGAAUGUUAGAUUAAGUAAACUUUUUAGACGAUAUUAGAUUAAAUAAUAAUCAUUAAUCACUCAAAAAUAUGUGGUAAUAUAAUUGAUAUAGGUGUCGUGCAUCUUAAUUUACUCGCCAACGAUAUACUUACAUAUAGGUCUUAAUAUUUAAAAGUCUGAUAUCUAAACUUUGUUUUAAGUCGAAAAGCCUAGUCGUUGUUAAUAAGUGUUUUAAUCAAAUCAAAUUUUUAAUUGUUUUUUUUAGUCUAUUUUAAUGUAAUGUUAUCAAUCAUGGUGGUCAAAUAGUGCGAGUGCAGACAUGGAAAAAAAUACGUUCAUCUACAAUUUAAUGAAUGUACUGAUCAUCUCCGUCCGGCUGAGGAUAAUGAGGGUACAGCACGGUAUUCUUUAUGAGGAAAAAAUCGAAAAUUCGUUAUGAUAAGAAAAUGAUUUUAUUUUAAUAUUUAUUGCCUCCUUCCUUUUUGUUACUACGGGCAUAAAAUGCUUAUUAUUAUGACGAACUCUUAAGACGAAAACCAAUUAGGCAUUUUAUUUAUUAAUGUAUUUUUAAAAUGGAUGUUAGAAUUACGAAUUUUUUUAAAUAUAGUUGUGGUUUAUUAUUAAUUAGAACGACUUCAUAUGUCGAAGGCACUCUUGAAUAAAAAACUGGCAGUUAAAAUUCCGAUUACUUUUGAUGACAAACAUAUUUAUGUUUUGUUUUAAGAAAAUCAAGGACAAUCAUCUGAUUUUUUGCGCUAUUCUUAGAAUAUUUACGCACGAGUAGUUAAAAUUACAGAUUAUAUAAUGAUAAACAUUAAAAAUUAAUAAGUACACCUCAAGCUCAUUUUCCACUUUGCUAUGCAAUUGCUAUACAUGAUGGCCUCUAUGUUUGGGGGCUCUAUGAUGCUCCUUUGUAAAUUAUGGCACUCUUGACAAUCCUUCCGUAUUGUUAUUUUAUUCUUAAGACGACUUAAGCGUCAAAAACUUUCCUUCUUACUUAUUCAAACACCCCAUUUGAUAUCUAGUGCUUUCUUAAAUGCUUCUCUAAACGUACGAACAAAAUCUUUAAAGUGGUUUUGGCAAAGUGGUUUAUUUUCUCUACGUAUGCGUCGUAAGGGGGUUAUACCAGCUAUGCUAUGGCUGGUAGUCGUGAUACAUGUCCUUUGCAUGACUUCAAUACUAAUUAAAUAUAUUGGAGAGAUUAACUGCAUUCACCGAAAUUUCAAAGCAUUUUAAAUAUAGACUAAAUUUUUUCGACUUUGUAUCAUGUUUAUAGCAUUGUUUUUUAUGUCCGUUAACUUUCCAGAUUAUAAAAAUCCCAGGAAAACGAAAAAUUGUAAAAAAAUAUAAUAGUCAUGGUUCAAAAGUAUAAUGUCUUCGACGUGAGUUGUUCCCAAAUAAUUGACCACUUAUUUAUUAACAUUAGCACAAGUACAUAUUAUUGGUGUCUAUUAUACUUAAAAUAUUAAUGUAUAAGUAUAAAUGUUAUUUGAUGUGAAGUAGAAUUAAGAAAUGAGAAAUUUUGUGCCAACUUAUUUAGAAUGUAAUUUUCGAAAUUAUUGAAAUGUAUAAUUAUGUAGAUAACUAAACACAAUAAAAUGAAAGUGUGAA